AUGACACAGGAGGGGGGAGCAACCAACGUGGUUUACCAAGCCCAUCAUGUCAGCAGGAGUAAGAGAGGACAAGUGGUCGGUACUCGGGGCGGAUUUCGAGGCUGCACGGUUUGGCUAACAGGCCUCUCUGGAGCUGGCAAGACAACCAUUGGCUUUGCUCUGGAAGAGUACCUGGUCUCCCACGGCAUCCCCUGCUAUUCCCUGGAUGGGGACAACGUUCGGCACGGCUUGAAUAAAAACCUGGGCUUCUCCCCCGGGGACCGCGAGGAGAACAUCCGGCGCAUCGCCGAGGUGGCCCGGCUCUUCGCUGACGCGGGGCUGGUCUGCAUCACCAGUUUCAUCUCUCCUUUUGCCAAGGAUCGUCAAAAUGCACGCAAAAUUCAUGAGGCAGCUGGACUUCCUUUCUUUGAAAUCUUUGUAGAUGCUCCUCUCAAUAUUUGUGAAAGCAGAGACGUGAAGGGCCUGUACAAGAAGGCAAGAGCUGGCGAGAUCAAAGGAUUCACGGGGAUUGACUCAGAGUAUGAGAAGCCUGAAUCUCCUGAGCUAGUGUUGAAAACCAAUGUUGCGUCGGUGUCUGAAUGUAUUCAGCAGGUUGUGGAGCUCCUACAAGCACAAAACAUCGUCCCCCACAGCUCCAUUAAAGAUGUUCUUGAGCUGUUUGUACCUGAAAACAAACUCAGUAGUGUCCGAGCUGAAGCAGAGAUGCUGCCAUAUGUAGAGAUCACUAAGCUGGAUCUGCAGUGGGUACAGGUGCUGAGCGAAGGCUGGGCCACCCCGCUGACUGGCUUCAUGCGUGAGAAGGAGUAUCUGCAAGUCAUCCAUUUUGGGACCCUGCUGAAUGGAAGGAAUCGCUCUGUAGCUGAUGGUGUGGUCAACCUGAGUGUCCCCAUCGUGCUGCCCAUCAGCAGGGAGGACAAGGAGCGGCUGCAGGGCUGCGCAGCGCUGGCACUGGGUGUUGGGGGGCAGCGCGUGGCCGUGCUGAGGGACCCCGAGUACUUCGAGCACAGGAAGGAGGAGAGAUGUGCCCGCGUCUGGGGCACCACCUGCACCCAGCACCCCCACAUCAAGAUGGUGAUGGAGAGCGGAGACUGGCUGGUUGGUGGAGACCUCCAAGUGCUGGAGAAGAUCAAAUGGAAUGAUGGUCUGGACCAGUAUCGCCUGACACCACUCACUCUCAAGCAGAAGUUCAGGGAGAUGAACGCAGAUGCCGUCUUCGCGUUUCAGCUGCGCAACCCCGUCCACAACGGGCACGCGCUGCUGAUGCAGGACACGCGGCGCCAGCUCCUGGAGAGGGGCUACAAGAACCCUGUGCUUCUCCUGCACCCCCUGGGGGGAUGGACCAAAGAUGAUGACGUCCCCCUGGAGUGGAGGAUGAAGCAGCACACGGCAGUGCUGGAGGAGCAGGUCCUGGACCCCAAGUCGACCGUCGUGGCCAUCUUCCCCUCGCCCAUGCUCUACGCCGGCCCCACAGAGUCCUACAUCGUGGGCCGUGACCCGGCGGGGAUGCCUCACCCCGAGACCAAGAAGGACCUGUAUGAGCCCACCCAGGGAGGGAAGGUGCUCAGCAUGGCACCCGGGCUGACCUCGGUGGAAAUCAUCCCCUUCCGGGUGGCUGCCUACAACAAGGUGAAGAAGGCCAUGGAUUUCUAUGACCCGAACAGGCACAACGACUUCGACUUCAUCUCGGGGACACGCAUGAGGAAGCUUGCUCGGGAGGGUGAAAACCCACCAGAUGGCUUCAUGGCCCCCAAAGCUUGGAAAGUCCUCACUGAGUACUACCAGUCGCUGGAGAAAAAGAAUUAA